CGACAACCAUUUCGAAUUGCUCGUGGGCAAUGACACCGCCGUACGCCCCGCGCACGUACCUCUCCAAGGCCUUCACGCGCUCUCCUGUCCAUGCAAUCCACGGCUUGGUAGCGACCAACCACCCCCAAGCGUCCGAGAUUGGGCUCCGCAUUCUCAAACAAGGUGGCAAUGCCACCGAUGCUGCGAUUGCUAUUGCUGCAACCUUGGCGUUGGUGGAACCGUGCUCGACUGGGAUGGGCGGCGACUGCUUUUUGCUCCAUUACGAUGCCGCGACGAAGAAAGUGUCGGCGCUCAACGGUAGUGGCCGCAAUGCCCAAGCGCUGACGUUGGAACGAGCGCGCAAGGACUGCCCCGGCCGUGACAGUCUUGCUCUCGACCAUGUCCACUCAAUCACGGUUCCAGGGGCCGUUGCCGGCUGGGUCGACGCUAUUGAUUCUUGGGGUUCGUUGUCAGUUGAGGAAGUCCUUCGUCCCGUGAUCGACCUGGCCAAGAAUGGAUUCCCGCUCUCGUCGCAAACGGCUGCCGCGUGGAAACGCGGAGUCCCUCGUCUCAAGCAGUGGCCUCAUCCUGAGGCAUUGCUUGUCGAUGGCGACGCCCCUGGCGUUGGAGAGAUCUUCCGCAAUUUAUCGUUGGCGUCGACGUUGGAGGAAGUGGCGGUCAAAGGAAAAGCUGGCUUUUACCAAGGUCGCGUUGCUGAAGCGAUCGUCGCUUCCGUGCGAGCUCAAGGCGGCGUUCUGUCGUUGGAGGACUUAAAGAAUCAUACGUCGACGUUUGUGGACCCGAUCAAGGCGUCGUUCGGAGGGGUCGAUGUGUACGAAGUGCCUCCCAACGGCCAAGGCAUCACGGCGCUCAUCGCGCUGAACCUGCUCAAUGAGAUUGCGGGUGACGAGUGGAAAAAAGAGCACAACUCGGUUGAGUACCUCCACACGCUAAUCGAGGUCCUUCGGUUGGCGUUCACAGAUGCGCGGUGGUAUGUUGCCGACCCAACUUUCUCCCAUGUCCCUGUCGAAGAGCUCCUCAGCGCCACCUACGCCAAGACCCGCGUUGCGCUGAUCGAUCCCGACAAGGCGGCAGUGGACCCCAUCCGUGGUUCGCCCGUGCUGUCGAGUGGCACGGUGAGCUUCCAAGUCGUGGAUGGCGCCGGUAAUGCCGUGUCGAUGGUCAACAGCAAUUACGCUGGCUUUGGCACUGGCUUGAUUCCCCAAGGUCUGGGUUUCACGCUUCAAAACCGCGGCGCCAACUUCUCCCUCGUCGAUGGCCACCCGAAUGUUCUCGCGCCGGGAAAACGCCCCUACCACACGAUCAUCCCAGCCUUGUCUGUCUACACAGACUCGCAGCUCCUCCACUCGACGUUUACUGUUAUGGGCGGAUUCAUGCAACCUCAGGGCCAUGUCCAAGUACUCCUCAACCAGCUUCUCUUCCGCAUGGACCCUCAAGCAGCGUUGGAUGUGCCGCGUUUCUGCAUUGGCACCCCAGAAGGCGACUUCUCGUACGUGUACGUCGAACCUGGCGUGGACGAGGCCGUUGUCGAUGCCCUUCGCGCCAAAGGCCAUGCCGUUCGUGUGCUGGAGCCAGCUCAAGCGGCGGCAGUCGGACGAGGGCAAAUCAUUACCAAGAACCCUCGAAACGGCGUGCUGUGCGCCGGGUCAGACGGACGCGGGGACGGGCUGCCCAUGGGCUGGUAGAGAGACCUCCACAGCGUUGAGCUUGUUGAACGAUUUGUGUCAAGAAAAAACAAUUCCCAACCCAAACUCAGUACACCUGGCGAAAA